CGCCGACCAAUCAGUAGACUCCGUCGCGCAGUUUUGCGGUCACGUGAUGCGACCUCGCGCGGGAAGUUUCAUUCGGUUCCCGUUGAGGUGACUGGGGGGUAAAUUGAGGGUAACCGGGAGUGAGUGGCGGCGCCUGCCCCUGCUGUAUGAGCAAACCAGGCAGGAGCUGCGGCCAUGGCUGGGAUACUUACCGUGUCAUCCCCCAUCGGGGACUAUAACGUCCAGCCAUCCAAGAAGCAGCGAAAGGAAGAUGACCCGCCGGUGAAAACCAUAACCAAUUACUUCCCGCCCGUGUCUCGCCUCCCAGAGAAGGAGCUCCCAUCACCUCGAUCCAACAACAUCGCAGACUACUUCAAAAGUAGCUCGCCUGCAAACGAGACGGAGCAAAUGUUGAGCACGCACACAUCCAGCCCUCGCCAGGACGGCACCCGCGUGGCAGCAGUAAACGUUCGCACGCCUCCCUCUGGGGACCCGGGCAGACCUGGGAAGCACAGCCAGAGGACACGUUUAUGCAGGAGUCUUAACGUCACAAAGCCAAAGGAAGAGUUUGGGGACAGUGCGGAAGCCGUUUGCGGGGGGACUGGUUUCAUGGGCAGUGACACUGCAGCUUUACUCGCCGAGAUCUGCAACAACAGCGACAAUCUCCUCCAUAAUAAAUUAUGUUCCUCGACAGCCCCAAAAGCCGAUUCCCCAAAUAAUAAACAGUCCGUACAAAACAAACAAGACCGAGAGACUGCGUGUUACCCCCCCGAGAAGCACUCUGCUGGAGAGAGACCCCCGCAGACGCCGGGAGACGCAAGCCUUGGCGCCACUGCCGGGGACGUGUCACCGGACAGCCGCAGCACGGUAACGGUUUUAUUUGAGGACUUCCUAAGAAGUCAGGAGGAAAAGGAUUCUAAACACGAGACUCCCGUCAGGGCAGCAAGUCCAACUGAGCGCAGGGAGCCAUCCCCUAAUACUGUGACCAUCCAUGCGCAGGUCCAUCUGUCUCCCCCGCUCAAUGAUUCCUGUCCCAAAAGCAAGGCCACAAAGAAGAUUGCAGCAAUUUUCCUACGCAAAGGAAACGGCGAACCGGGGAAAAGAGCCUACCAGACUUCGCCCGAACACGCUGAUCCUCAGCUCCAGAAAAGAAAGUCCAACGUGGUCAUAGCGGAGGAGGAUCUGGAAUUGGCUGUCAUCGAAGCUGAUCAUGAACCCGCUAAGCAGAAAAGCACCGCGGCAGAAAGACACCAAUUUCUGAAAGCUUUUCGACAGCCGGGGGAUACGGUAAAAAGUACUGGAAAGAAAAACCCUCUGAAGGGAAAAGAUUCCAGUGAGAUAUCUGCACCAGCAGCAAAUAACUGCAGCAGUAACCCUGACAUGACAGCCGGUGAUGGAGCAACCGUAGACCAACCCGAUGAAACAAAGUCAGGAGAAGCAACUUCAAAAUCAAUUAAAUGUACGAAUAAAGCCCGGAAAAAUAAUGAAGCAAACACGGCAACAAUCAACAGGAAGAAAGCAAAAGAGAAAGUGGCACGGGCCGCGGGGGCUGAAGCUUCACAGUUGCCCACUGGUGCCGCCGGUUUACGACGGAGCUCAAGACGCCGGAAAUCCAAUCUGACGCCCUUAAAGUCCCCUGUGAAAAGACCUGUGGAGUCAGGCGGUUUGCUGGCUUCAACUCCAAAAGUGCAUAGAAUGUGCCGGAAAAGCGACAUUUACAAAGCAGAGGUUAUAACCGAACUCUCUGAUGCGGAGUCACCGAUCCGAAUGAAGUUUACGAGGCUCAGCACCAGGCGAAACCGGUCACAGUCAGUGGCAGAUGAAGAUGUAUUUACCCCAAGAAGUAAAAAGGUUUCUGGCGGCUUGAAAAAAAUGACCAAAGCAAAAGAGCUGCUUGAGAAAGCAAAGGCAAUUCAGCAAAAUAUGGCCAAGAAUGAGACUCCUCAGAGGUGCUCAGUGAGACGGGCGCGCUCUAAAAGGAAACCUGCUCUAGAGGACUCUGUUGUCUUCAUUGACAUCACUGGUGAUAUUGAUGCAAAAAUAACAAAGAAUAAAAAUCUCAGAAGCUUAAAUGAUGUGCUGGGGAAGAAGGCAAAGAAGCAGAAGCCUCGUAAUAUUUCUUCUGACGAAAAUAAUUCUGCCGGUACGCCGCCUGCCCCCAUUAUGGUUAUCGAUGAUAGUUCAGAGGCCUCUGAAAAUUCCCAAGAUGAUCGUCAAUUCAAAGCGAAACGUGAAUUUCUCAAGAGUGGCUUACCGGACUCAUUGAAGAGGCACAUUUCUAAGACGGCGGCGUUUAUGGAAGCAUACUCUCUGUCGAGUUCUUUCUUCCAGAGUGUUGGUCACGUGCAGCAGAAAGAUGGCUCUUUGAUGUGGAGUCUGAGUUUGCCAACGUGCCCACAGCUAGCCAGGCUGUGCCGUGUGAGCGCAGACGCACCCAAUGUGGCAAACCUUCGCCUUUCACUCGGUGACUUGACUGUUAUAAGGAACAGGCUGGCUAUUCAGCUGUACUCGAGUGCGGUUAAAGGCCACCCUGCGCUGUCGAACGGAGUUCGUGAUUGUCUUUUAGAAGAAAUCUCUGCCUCUAAUCCCCUUUUUCCUGUAAAAAGAUUUUUCAAACAGCUUCUGAAAAAGCAAAAUGACCAACUUUCCCUUCAAGAGCCGAGUCAGACAGAUAACCAGCCGCUAGAAAAAAGCAAAGUGACCUUGGUGGAAGAUUGUAGGGCAACCGAGACCAGUAACAGGACUAAGAGGAAGAGGACGCACACCCCCGUCACAGCAUCCAAAAGACUGAAGGCUGAAACCCAGCAUGACUGCAGUACAAAGCCUCCCACCCCGCAAGGGCCCGUCUGUGGCCCACUUUCCACAAGUGGCAGAAGGAACCACGCACAGGGUGAAGAGAGAGCCAGCCAGCCACCUGGAGAAAGACAGCCCCUUCCACACGACGCCAUCUCUGCUGAUCUCGUUAUUGAGGAUGUUCUUUGGACAGAGAAAUAUCAGCCCUCUGAGUCCUCCGAGCUGGUUGGGAAUUCUGCGGCAGUUAAACGUCUCCAUGGCUGGCUGAAGGACUGGAAAGUCCGAGCUGAAAAAGAAGAAAAACGGAAUCGGAUGAAUCAGACUGAGAAAGAUAAAAACGACACCUGGGAGCAAAGCGACUUUAUUGACAGCUCUGAGAGUGAAGAGGAUUCCCUGUGUAACACUGUGCUGAUCACGGGCCCUCCCGGCGUGGGCAAGACGGCCGCUGUGUAUGCGUGUGCCCAGGAGCUUGGGUUCAAGGUCUUUGAAGUGAACGCUUCUUGUCAGCGUAACGGGAGACAGAUUCUAGCUCAGCUCAAGGAGGCCACACAGUCUCACCAGGUGGAUCAGCAGGGUGUGAAUGCCCACAGGCCCUGCUUCUUCAACAGUUACGGUUCCACCAAGUCUCCAAGAAAGUUAAACUCUCCCAAGAACGUUGUUUCAUCUCCAAGAAAACCUCCCCUGUCUCCCCGAGGAGUGGGACUCAGGAAAGCGUUGGCUCCUAAAUCUCUGGCAAACUAUUUUAGAGUUCCUCCCAAGCAAAGAAAUGAGGAUGCAAAGACCCCCGAGGCGCCUAAAGGUCCAGCGAAUGGGAAAAUGACAAAAAGUCAAGUUCCGUCUAUAGAGAGAGGGCAGGGUCCCAAUGAGCCCCCCAGAAGAACUGCAACCUCGCUGAUUCUUUUUGAGGAGGUCGAUGUGAUAUUUGAUGAUGACUCCGGCUUUUUAAGCGCAAUCAAGACUUUUAUGACCACUACAAAGCGGCCGGUGAUUCUCACUACCAGCGAUCCCACAUUUGGUUUGAUUUUUGAUGGUGUUUUUGAAGAAAUUAAAUUCUGUACUCCCUCCGUGGCUGAUGUCGCCAGCUUUCUCCAAGUGCUUUGUCUGGCAGAGAAUCUCAGGACAGACCCCCGAGACUUUGCUACGUUUUUAACGUCCAAUAAAUGCGACGUCCGGCAGAGUCUUCUCCAUUUGCAGUUUUGGGCUAAAAGUGGAGGAUGUGUGAGAGAAAAGCAGGCGGCUGGUUGUGGUAAACACAGCUCUGGUUCCAAAGGGGAAGGAGCUGCACUUAAACUCAAUCCGGAAGAUCUUCCAAGAUGUAACUCCGGCUACGCCGAGCACACGGCAGGGCUUCAUAACGUCGUCUCUCCGGCCGAGGGUUUGAUACGCUUUGUAAAGAACAACAUCGUCCAGGCAGAAGAAUGGAGCCGGAUCGUGCAGCUGCUCACAGAAUUUCAAAUGAAGAACAUAGAUUUUAUAUCUAGCAAUUUAGAGUUGUUGCUACCGUUGCCUGUGCGCGUGGAGGGGUCGGACGACUGCGAACCUUCAGGUACAUCAGCCAAGAGGGAAAAGCUUGCUGAGGCCAAGCCAGAAAACCCAACAAAGCGCAGGAGGAACGUGAUGGUUCUGGACGAUAGUGAUUUGUUUGAAAGUAACACUAAUUCCAUGGACGAAAUCCUCACGAUCCCUUCAGGGAAGUCGUGCCAAGAAGAGGGUAAAGAGAAGAGUGGACUGAGCCGUGAGCCACAUCUUACGUUCCCAAAGCAGAAACUCACAGAAGCCGAGAAGACGUGUUCGCGUUUAGUGCGUCGGUGUCUGGGGUCACUGGCUGAGUUUGUGGAUAACAUGUCCCAUUUGGAUUGUUUUACAUAUAAAUCCUCCAGCCAAGCCGAGCUCUGCAGCUACCGCUGGACAGAAGGCAGAAUAAAAAAUGGUCUGUGUGAUGAACUCCGGGUGGAAAGCAGGGACUGGUGGAGCGAGCAGAGCUCCGGGGAACUCAAAGCCACGGUGGAGGCUCUUGCUUUCCGGAAGUGUUCUUCAGACAUUUCCAGAUACGUAAACUCUUCGUUGGAACUGUGCAAGGAACGUGGGAAGGACCCAAGCGAAGAUCUUACUCUGCGUGUGUCUAAGGAUUGGGAUGCGGUGUCCUUCAAUCAGUCCGCAGCUAACCCUGAAGUGGCUGACAGGCGUUUAUCCGUCGUGAGAAAUGUGUUAUCCAACCGAGCUUUUAUAAACCUGGGCAACCGGCAAUCCAACGUGACGGAGUAUCUGCCGGCCCUUCGCGCUAUGUGUCGAACUCAGAAACUGAAGGAGCGAGAGAAAGCCAAACGGAGGUUUCUUCAUUACUUCGAAGGGAUUCAUCUCGAGUUGCCCAAGGCCACGCUGAGUAGUUUAGCGGCUGACUUUCCCUAGGAUGUGACGUGUUCCUGCAUGCAUUUUCUACGAUGAACCAAUCGCCUGGCGCUUAUCCGGGGCCAGAUCUGCCUCCCAAAGCCAUGGGAUCUGCGCAUGCUGGGGGUAGUUACCCGUCCGAGAAGGUCCAGCCGCACCUCCGUUAACGCAGCCGGAUCCGCUGUUUUUCCUACCUCUUCAUACACCACUUGUAAGCGGCUGUUUGGGUCGCGCCGCUGUCCUGCACUAGACAUUGUACAGAUUUGUAAAGUUAUGUCCUUUGUAUAGGUUUGUAAACAAUAAGUGAAUAUCAAUUUCUGUAAAGUUUUUUAAAAUGCAUUUUAAUGUCUUUGAUAAUUAUGCCCUUCUGGAAUAUUAAAGGAGGUUUUAAAUAAACAAAGCUCCCUUUAACUAU